CUGGUUUUAUUAAUUUGGAGUCUGUUUUUAGGAUAUUGUGAACUGAGUUCAAGCAUAGUUUUGUAAAAUGUUACUAGGUUCUGUUUUUAGUACACGUUUCUUCUUGAAGCCCGAAAACCGAAAAAAAUAAAUUUCAAUUGGGUUCAGGCCCAUACUGAGAACCAGAAAACCGAACUGGGCUGUGUAGGUUCUGUUGGUUUGGUUUUGGUGGCUGUUUUUUAUCACAACCAAACCGAAUCGUAUACCUUGUUCAGUUUCGAUUUCGGUUGUAGACGACAACCGGACCGUACCCACCCUUAUCAAUAAGAGAUAUAAACAAGAGAAGGGUAGAAAUACUGCACUAUAGGAUUCGUGUUGAAAACUUGGAAUCGGAAAUAACCCUAACAUUUGUGUUCCCUGAUUUAAAGCCUUAAAUUUAUAUAUCAUAUGCAUACGUUGCCCUUGGUUGAGUUUGACCCUUUGUUUUUUUCCCAGUUCUAAAGCAAUCAAUUAUUCGAUCACCAAAUCCCUAAUCGAUCCCUUUUUGUCUUUGGUGUGUUAUUUUUUCGGCAAAUGCUUCAACUCACAACGUUUCUCUUGCCAUUGUUAUGUUUGAUGUUAUUUAAUUUCUGGGGAAGAAAAUUUGGUAUGCGGUUGUGAUGUUUCUUUGUUUGAAAAUUUGCAGAGAACAGUCUUUGUGGGAGUUUCUUCAUGGCGGAAAGCUCUUUCAAGGAGGAAUAUCCACAGGAGAACAGUUGUAGUGGGAGUUUCACCUUGCGAAAAGGAUUUUGCCAGCUUCAAAUUUCUCCGGAUAGGAGCAAAGCAGAAGAGAACAAUCAAGAUCCAAUACCAAUUGUGGAGAAUGCUGCAAGGAGACGUUCCUGACAUUGAAGAGAUGUUGCCAACUCCUUUUGUUCUUUAAUUAUCUUGAUUUGUAUUGCUACAAUGGAACAUGAUUGUGUUUCCUUUCUAUUUAUGCUUUUCAUUUAAGUUUAGAAAUUUGUUAGAAAAAAGAAGGAAAAACUCAUUUUAUGUGUCCACGAGGCCCAUUCGAACUUUAGACCCUUGGAAUAGGAGAAAUGCCAAUGCGGUUAUAGAGAAGGCUGCGAUUUUGAUUGCAAGUACCAACACUCCUGCCAGGUACAAGGAGACAUGGAGGAAUAUUUUGAACAAAUACAAACAACGUAUUAUUUUAGAUGCUGGGAAACUGCGGGAGAAGCAUCCAAAUUGUAUACCAGUGACUGUGGACAAGGAUGCAAGGAGUGACAUUCAUGACAUUGACACUAAGAAGUGCAUUGGAUGUCUACAAUCGAUGAGGAAAAUAAGGAUGAAGAUGGAUUUCUUCACAUCACCUACAGUGGAGAAGAGAGUGUGUGGAUCCAAUGAGGAACAGCAAGAAUUCUCUUAAUAGAACUCGAGUCUGGGACCUCUGAGUCAAUAAUCUGACCUGCUUAGUAAUUAUCGUUUAUCUCGAUCGUUAGAUCAGUGGCCUUAUUUGUGGUGUUGUGCCAGAACUAUAGUUUUAUGACAUUCCAAGGAACUUUAAUGCAUUGAGUUUGAAAUAUUUAUAAUGAUUUGCUAGUUAGAAAUGAGUUUUUGUUGCCGUC